ACUAGUUAGCUUGAGCUUGUUCAGCUAAGUCCGAUAGCAAUGGUGUGUCCGCUGUGAAAAAUGUAGAGAAGAGCAGCAACGAUGCCCUCCUUCGUGUAGGCUGGUUAAAAUGUUAAUAACAUUGUGCUACGUCUACAUGUGGGUACGCUUCCAUAAGUGCUACUCUGUGCUGAUCCGGAACAGUCUGUCCAGACUGAACAGUAGCAGCCGCAGCAGUCUUAGUUUCAGCCGCCUCUGCUCGGCUUCAACGCCAGCUACAACACCGCAGACUGGACACCACAGGAGCAGGCAGCAGCACAGACCGCCGCCAUCCGAGGACACCGUCUUCCUCCAGCUGGGAGACAAGUCCGUCCAUGUCACGGAGCCUCAGGCAUGUGAUGACCUCAGCAAAUGGACUGUGUUAUUGGGGUCCUCUAUGGUUUGUGGUCCAGGAAUAGAGAAUAUUUCAUUCAUCAUAGAAGCUACAGGACACAGAGUGGGCUACCCAUCUUCUCACACAUCAAACAAGAAAGUGCUGAAGUGGUCUGACUGCUGUCUUCCUCUGGCAUGUAGUCCUGGGCAGCCAUUCAGGGCAGUGGCUCAGGCCAGUGUGGAUAACUUCAGUCGGCUGGGUGUGGCUUUUAUAGAGGAUCGCCUUCAGCUGGACAAUGGACUUAUGCCUUCAAAGAUAAUCCCUGUCCUGCUCCAAGAAUCCAUUCUGUGUGAGCUGUUGGAGAAGCAGCGUCCACCGAGCCCAACAAUUGUGACAUCAGCACAGCUUUGCAGCCCCAUGGCUGAAAAGCCUUUGGCUUGUCGCCUGUCAGCUGACCAUCAGCUCCUUCUGUCCAAGAAAGACAGCCUUUUUCUCAUCCCAGAGGCAAAGCGGAGGUUAGAAGAGCGACGAGGGUCAGAGCCACUCUGUAGGACCCAGGAUCUGGGAUCUGUUGGUGACUCAAAAGACCAUUCCUUGGGGAAUCAUCACCAUAUGGAGGGCCAUGGACAUAACCUCCAUCUGUCUAGCUGCCAUGAAUGUUUGGAGCUGGAGAAAAGCACCAUCCUUUCUGUCAAAUAUGCCUCAGCUGAGAACAUUACAGACCUUCCUGAUGAUAACUCAGUAGGGCUGGACAGUGGGGAUGAGAUUCUGGAUGAAUUUCAGCAUGAUGCCAAUGGUUUUUUUGAUCAAAGCAAUGGAUUUCAAUGUAAUUGCAAACCGCCAAAUAUUCUGGUGUACACGGGUGGUUGCCAGGAGCGUUUUCAGGCAGUUCAUCAGGUUUUAUCGGAGUGUAUAAACAUGGAAAACUACAUAAUAUACCACCUUCUACCACAGCAGGUUCUGAGUGAUCCUUGGCUGGACAACACCAAGCUCUUGGUACUGGCAGAGGGGCAAGCCCUGACACCCCAACUUCAGACCUGCUUUCUCAACUUCCUUGGCCAGGGUGGCAGGGUUCUGGGGAUAGCCUCCACCCUGUGCCCAGCAGGCCUCUCUAUGGAAGUCAGGGAGAGACAACGUGGGCAGAUCUGUAGGCUCAGCUUUACUAGGGAAGACAGCACAGAGCUGGAUUUAAGCGUGUUGGCAAGUGGGAAGGUCUAUGUCAGAGAUAUUCAAGGAGGAGGAGAGGUUGAGCUCUGGGGUGAGUUGAAAGGGGACGGUCCUCAUCAGAGGGAUAUGGUUAUCGUCAGGGUAACCCAUGGAGAGGAUGGCGGAGAAGCAGUUGUCUGUCAGGUCCACCUGGAAAUUGCUCCUGACUCCCAGAAUUUGUCAUUAGAAGGUUUUGAUGAAUUAAAGGCCAGCAAUGCACUGCGUUAUGAAGUCUUGACAGAGAUCCUUACCUCUCUUGGCCUCAGUUGUGAAAUAAACCAGAGUCCAGAACCAAGUCCAGUCCACCUGCUGGCCACUUCUCAGGAGGCUAAGACCACCUUCCUGAACUGGCUGCAGACACUUGCAGAUGAAAAUGGCCUCCUCGUGUUGUCCAAAACCUUCCUCAGGGUGGUGUCCUAUUGUGAGCUCCAGAAUGGUCCUUUGCUGCCUGAAAGCUCUCUAGUCCUGGUCACUGACUCUGAAGAAUCCCAAAGGUGGGAGCUGUUCAAUAUGGAGACCUACAGCAGUAACUUGAAGACCAGAGUACUGGGGCGCACUUUGCUGUAUGCUGACGUUGUUACAUCUACCAUGGACCUGUUGGAAGGACUUACUCUGCACUUACCAAAGGAUGUGGGUUUAAUAGCUAUAGCUGCUCGACAAAGCAAGGGCAGAGGUCGGGGUAGGAAUGCCUGGCUCAGUCCCUUGGGUUGUGCCAUGUUUACGCUGAGUGUCGAGGUGGACCUGAGCUCCAGGCUCGGACAGAGGAUACCCUUCCUGCAACAUCUGGCUGCUCUGGCUGUGGUUGAGGCUGUUCGGACACUUCCUGGAUACCAGGACCUAGACCUGAGGGUAAAGUGGCCCAAUGACAUCUACUACAGUAAGCUGAUGAAGCUCGGGGGAGUGCUGGUGACUUCCACUGUAAUAGGAUCGACCUUUCAUCUGCUCAUAGGUUGUGGGUUCAAUGUGACUAACAGCAACCCAACAUUGUGCAUCAAUGACCUAAUCCGGCAGUACAACAUACAACACAACUGCAACCUGCAACCACUAAGCUGUGCCCAGCUCAUUGCUCGGACAGUUAGUUGUCUGGAGGCCCUCAUCAGCAGCUUCCAACAAGGAGGCCCUGAAUCCAUCCUGCCCACCUACUACAAGAGAUGGCUUCACAGUGGGACUCAUGUGCGUCUCUGGAGUGAGGAUGGACCAGAGGCUGAAGUGGUGGGACUGGACCCCAAUGGCUUCCUCCAAGUACACAGCAAGGAGCAGGGUUUGGUUUCGAUGGAGCCUGACGGAAACUCCUUUGACAUGAUGAAGAACCUGGUUGUCGUCAAGCAACAUUAGCACCAAAUUCAACAAAAUAUGUAAUCUCUUCCAGUACAUUGAACAAAUGACAGAAUCAUUCAAUAUGACAAAGAACUAUAUGGCACUAUAUAAAUGUAUCCUUGUUUUAAAAUUGAUAAUGCAUCAUUAAUUCCCCUUUCAGACUGACCCUGUGACACUGGUUAAACCCAUAUCAAGGUUCUAUUGGUAUGGACCAACCCGUGUCAGGAGGGACGGCAGUCAUAGGGUCCCUGGCUUUGAUGACCUGGUGUAAAUGUAAAUAAAUGUAAUGAUGCCACUUUUAAAUGCCAUUUAAUCAUUUACCUUUUAUCUGGUAAUUAUUUGAUGCAAUUCUCAGGGUUAUCAGUAAAGUUUAUGUACUACACAACACACUGGAGUAUCUGCGAACAGUAGCAGAAGCAGGGUGACAACUGUCUCAUCAAUGGGUCCAAUGUGGUUCAAAUGUGCAUUAAUUAGACCUGCACUCAAUGCAUGGUUGCUGUGAAAGUGGUAUAAAUAUCCCAUUUGAAAUGGGAUAAUUUGCUAGCUUAUCCUUAUGUUACCCUGACAUAUGUUUAGGUCACUAGUAGAUCCAGCCCUGUCCCUUAAUAAAAGCUUCAACAUCAGUUUGAUUAUGAGCUACAGGUUUUGGACCCGAAAUGCAAACAAUUAUUUAACAACUUGCACUUUCUGGAAACAAUAAAUGUUGUACCUUUUGUUCUAAACAUCUAAUCUAAUUUCAUUGUUACAUGAGCACAAUGAAGUGAUCAUUGAAGCUUAAUUUUAGCAAAAUAAAGAUUU